AUGGUCCUCGAACGCCUUCAGCAGAUGGCCUCUCAUCUGACCGGCCAGGUCGCACAACACCACCCAUUCGAUCCAUUGAGCACUGAUGAGAUUGCUGCAGCUGUCGCGAUUGUCCGCAAGGAGCAUGCAGACCUCUUUUUCAACGCCGUAACGUUAUGGGAACCACGGAAAGAGGACAUGCUGAAAUGGCAGUCGUCGCCCGACACUGCACCAAAGCCCCGUCGAGUAGCGGAUGUCGUAGCUAUUGGUCGAGGCAGCAAAGUGUACGAUGGCCUUGUCGAUCUCAACGAAGGCAGAAUCGUGCAGUGGGAACUCACAGAGGGCGUACAACCGCUCAUCACAAUGGAAGACCUCCAGAUUGUAGAGUCCGUCGUGAGAAAGGACGCCAAAGUCAUCGAGCAAUGCGGCAUCCUAGGCAUCCCAGAAUCAGACAUGCACAAAGUCUACUGCGACCCAUGGACCAUCGGGUUCGACGAGCGUUUCGGCUCUGGUGUCCGACUCCAGCAAGCACUAAUGUACUACCGUCCCCACCCAGACGACUGCCAGUACACAUACCCCCUCGACUUCUGCCCCAUCUACAACAGCGACACCCAAGAGAUCGUCCACAUCGACAUUCCCAAAGUGCGUCGACAACUCAACCAAGCACCACCAAUCAACUACCACGCCGAAGCCAUCGAAAAGGAGGGCGGUUUCCGCAAAGACAUAAAGCCAAUCAACAUCACCCAACCUGAAGGUGUCUCCUUCUCAAUCGACGGCCGCACGCUCAAAUGGCAGAACUGGAGCGUCCACAUCGGCUUCAACUACCGCGAGGGCAUUGUUUUGUCCAACAUAACUUUCAACGACAAAGGCAAUGUACGCCCGGUCUUCUGGCGGAUGUCCCUAGCAGAAAUGGUCGUCCCGUACGGCAACCCCGAACGACCUCACCAACGCAAACAUGCCUUCGAUCUAGGCGAGUACGGCGGCGGCUACAUGACCAACUCCCUCGCCCUCGGCUGCGACUGCAAGGGAGCGAUCCACUACAUGGACGCCGCCUUCGUCAACCGCGCCGGCGACCCCCAAACGAUCAAAAACGCCAUCUGCAUCCACGAAGAGGACGCCGGGAUCCUCUUCAAACACACCGACUUCCGCGACGAGUCCUGCACCGUCACCCGCGCCCGCAAACUCCUCAUCUCCCACGUCUUCACCGCCGCCAACUACGAAUACUGCGUCUACUGGAUCCUGCACCAAGACGGCACGAUCCAGCUCGAGAUCAAACUGACGGGCAUCCUAAACACCUACGCCAUGUACCCCGGCGAAUCCGCCGCGCCGUGGGGGACGGAAGUCUACCCCGGCGUCAACGCUCACAACCACCAACACUUGUUCUGUCUCCGCGUGGACCCCAACAUCGACGGCCAAGCCAAUACGAUCUUCCAAGUCGAUGCCGUAGCUGGGGAAGCACCCGUCGGCAGCGAGGAGAAUUUCUACGGGAAUGCUUUUUAUGCUAAGAAGACGAAGUUGGAUACCAUGGCUACGGGGAUGAGUGAUUACGAUGGGAGUACGAGUCGGACGUGGGAGAUGGCCAACACGAAUAAAUUGAAUCCGUAUAGCAAGAAGCCUGUCUCGUAUAAGCUGGUGAGUAGGGAAGUACCUCCGCUGCUGCCGAAGGAAGGGUCGCUGGUGUGGAAACGGGCGGGGUUCGCUAGGCAUGCCGUGCAUGUCACUAAGUACGACGACGAACAACUCCACCCCGCCGGCCGCCACGUCCCCCAAACCUCCGGCGAACCCUCGGCGGGCCUCCCAGCCUGGAUCGCCGCCAACCCCACCGCCAGCCUCGACAACACCGACGUCGUCCUCUGGCACACCUUCGGGCUAACCCAUUUCCCCUCCCCCGAGGACUACCCCGUCAUGCCCGCCGAGCCCAUGACGGUCCUGCUGCGCCCCCGCAACUUCUUCACGCAGAAUCCCUGCAUGGAUGUCCCGCCCAGUUACUCUAGUACGCCAAGUCAGAUUGCAGAGGGCAAGACGGGGAUUAGGGGGAUAGUGGAUAAUUUGAGUCGGUUGGCUUUUGGGGGGAAGGUCGGGGAGAAGGGGGGGAGUGGGGAUUGUGGAUGUAAUUGA